CCAGGAGAAAGCUGCCACGUCACUGCCUAUUUCCUGCUUUCGUUGCGGCCCCCCGCCCACCAGCGCCGAAGAGUUUCCCGGCAGCAGUGCCUGGGCUGUAGUUCAGCGGAAGGAGGUCGAGGUGGGAGCGACGAGCGACCAAGUUGCUUGGCUGGUUGACUGUUUUCCCGUUGCUCGUCAACAUUCCCUUAGUUUCUGGAAAGUUAAGGGAUUCUUCUGGGAAGCUCCGGAGUAAAGCUCUCUACAUUGACCUAUUUGUUUGGAAAACGAUUCCUUCCUUUUCGAUUCUUCCAUUUUUCUGAACCAAAUGAGCAAGGCAUAGCAUGGGAAAUAAUAGGGCAGACUGGUAUGAACUGUUGGUGACCGAGGUAACUUUGCUUGUUAUUGGGAAAACGACAAGAAGACUAUUUUCCCUUUAACAACCAUACUGUAAAUAUUUGUGCUUGUUUGCUGGGUAGUUUUCUUUGAUUUACAUAAGGCAGAAAUCCCAGCUCAGGCAGAUAAGGGUUUGGUGAGUUUUAUUUCCAAGGAAAUGUGUGGAAAGUUGGCAGACUUAAGCAUUGUCUCCUGUGGACAACCAGCACUAAACUAUUCCUGAUAACAGAACAACAGGAACAUUUCCUUUGCUAUGACUGUAUAGAGAAUUGUUACCAAUGUUAAUGAAUAUUGAAUCUGUAGUAGUAACAGCCUUGUCAAGGAAAUAUGUAUUAUGUACUCUGCCCUUAUCUACAAGGCUUAAAAAGAAUUAUCUAUUUUUAAAUUCGACUAUUACUCCUUUGCACACAUAAGUAUUUUCUGAUCUUAAAACCAGCAGUCUGGUUGGAGGAAAAGCGUCCAUUUAUGGAUAAUUAGACAGGAAGAAAGAAAGUGAUUUGGGGCAAUAUCCUGGGCCCAAGUGUUGAGCAGCAGUUUGUCAUUAAAGAAAGUCUACAUCUAGUAGGAUUUUGAGAUAGUUAGAAUCUGCCAUUUUAAAAAGUGUGCAUAAAGGAAGUUCUUCAGCUAUGGGAUCUGCUUCAUCUUUGGUUAAUCCAAUGGUCACUGUUGGGGAGGUGAUUGAAGAUCCAUAUGAGGGAGUGGGUGGUGAGGCCUGCGAAAUUCCUGUUGAAGUAAAGCCCAAAGCCCGUCUUCUGCGUAGUUCUUUUCGACGGGUAGGUGCAUCUCGCCCUGGAGGCCUCAUUGGCGCAAGCUUCAAGUCUACUGCUUCUGUACAAGAGCUGGAUUGCAUGGCAGAGUAUGAACGCCUGAAAAAAGAAUAUGAGAUAUUUCGCAUUAGCAAGAACAAUGAGGUGGCUGCCAUGAUGAAGAAAGAAGCCAAGCUGGACAAAGAAAACAAGCGCUUGAGGGCAGAGCUUCAGGCACUUCAGAAAACAUAUCAGAAAAUCCUCAGAGAAAAGGAAAGUGCUGUAGAGGCCAAAUAUCAAGCUAUGGAAAGAGCAGCUACAUUUGAACAUGAUCGUGACAAAGUCAGGAGGCAGUUCAAAAUUUUCAGAGAAACCAAGGAAAAUGAAAUUCAGGAUCUACUGAGGGCCAAGCGAGAGCUUGAAGCAAAACUUCAGAGGUUGCAAGCUCAGGGUAUCCAAAUAGUUGAUUCUGAAGAAUCAGAUUCGGAUGACAGCUGUACAGAAAUUACUGCUGCUGGAGGUCAGACAGAAUAUUGGAUGGGAGGAGCCUUGGGAAGCGAGCCUUCCAUGGGCAGCAUGAUGCAGCUUCAGCAGUCUUUUAGAGGACCCGAGUUUGCACAUAGUUCCAUAGAUGUGGAAGGACCAUUUGCAAAUGUCAAUAGAGAUGAUUGGGAUGCAGCUGUUGCCAGUUUAUUGCAAGUCACUCCUUUGUUUUCCCACUCUUUGUGGAGUAACACAGUAAGAGUGUAUCUCAUUAACACUGAAGAGACUCAGUUGGAAGUAGACAUUUUCAUAAAGAAAUACUCUCCAAAACUUCAGAAAUAUUGUGAGAUGAUGGAGUAUUUUUUUCAAGUUGUCUAUUUUCCAGUAGAAAAUGAGAGCUGUCUACAUGCUGUAAGGAAAUGGGAAAUUGAGAAAAGUUCUCUAACAAUUUUAUUUUUACAUUUAAAUCUGCCAAGGCAUCUACUGGAUGAGUGUGAAGAAGCCUUUUUGAAAAACCCUGAAGGAAAACCUCGGCUCAUUUACCACCGACUAGAAGAUGGUCAAGUCAGUUCAGAUUUGGUGCAGCAAUUAAUUGAGCAAGUUCAUUUUGUGAAUAAAGCAAAGAUCAUCAACCAUACGGGAGGAUUAGAGGAAGGAGCAUAUGAAGUAUAUAGUUACGUGGAAAAGAUUAUAAAGCAGGAUAUAUUGGUCUGUGAAGUUUCACAUAUAGAAAAGAAAGAUGUGGCUGAUAAUGGUGACUCUUCAGUUCCUGAAGAGGAACUGUUUGGAGACUUGCUAUGGGAUGCACAUGAUGAACAAGAACAAAUGGAGGCUUUCCAGCAGGCAUCUAAUUCAACAUGUGAACUAGGAUUUGACAAAUAUUAUGAAAGUCUGAACGAUUUGGUGGCAGCCCCUGCACCAAUUCCACCCCUCCUUGUAACUGGAGAGUCAGGCUCCGGAAAAUCUCUCCUUUUAUCAAAAUGGAUUCAGUUACAGCAGAAGCAUUCUCCAAAUACACUCAUUCUCUAUCAUUUUGUUGGAAAACCAAUGUCGAGCAGUUCGGAGCCUAUACUGAUUCUCAAACGUCUCACUUUAAAGCUUAUGCAAAAUUCCUGGUCAGUUUCACCUACUUCAUUGGAACCAGCUAAAUUAUUAGAAGAAUUUCCUCGUUGGUUAGAGAAACUUUCUGCUCACCAACAAGGCAGCAUUAUAAUCAUUAUUGAUUCAGUUGAUCGGAUACAGCAAACUGAAAAGCAUAUGAAGUGGCUGAUUGAUCCACUGCCAGUGAAUGUAAGAGUUGUGGUAUCUGUGAAUGUUGAAAGUUGUCCACAAGCUUGGAGGCUGUGGCCUACCCUUCAUCUUGAACCAUUAACUGUCAGCUAUGUAAAAUACCUGAUUAAUGAAGAAUGCAAAAGCGCAAGUCUGAAGCUGACCAAAGAACAGGAGAAGAAGCUUGAGAAACACAGUAAUUCUACUUCAACAUGCACUGCCCUCUAUGUCACUCUUUUGGGCAGAAUGAUGGCUGGCACCAAAAGCACAGAAGAUAUUGAUGAACUUCUACAGAGGUGUUUUGAGUGCCAGAAUGUGAUGGCUCUUUACCAGCUAGUUUUGAGAUCAGUUGAAGAGUCUUUGAAAAGUGAAAAGGAGAAAAGGCUCAUGAAAGAGGUUCUAUGCCUCAUCAGUGUCAGUCACAAUGGAAUCAGUGAAUCAGAACUCAUGGAACUCUGCCCUGAGCUAUCGUGGGAAAUGCUGGCCUCCUUAAUUUACAGUAUGCACAAAAUGUGCAUUUUGACAUAUAGAUGUGGUUUGUUAAGGUUUCAGCAUCUUCAGGCUUGGGAUACAGUGAAAUUAGAAUAUAUAGAAGGAAGUCAGAAUGGUUUUGCUUCUCACAGAGAAAAGUUGAUAGACUACUUUACCAGGCAAUUGAGUGAAGAAAGAGUGACAUGGAGGAGUGCAGAUGAAUUACCCUGGUUGUUUCAGCAACAAGGAGACAAGCAGAAGUUACAUAAAUGCUUAUUGAAUCUCUUUAUAUCUCAGAAUCUUUAUAAAAGGGGACAUUUUGCAGAACUACUCAAUUAUUGGCAGCUUCUUGGAAAAGAUAAGAGCUCCAUGGCAGUAGAAUAUUUUAGUUCUCUAAAGUUAUAUGAGAAAAAUUGUGAUGGAGAAGAAAGCAUGAUCUCUUUGGCUGAUCUUUAUGAGACCCUGGGACGAUUUCUUAAAGACCUAGGUCUUCUCAGCCAGGCAAUUGCUCCAUUGCAGCGCUCCCUGGAGAUUCGAGAAACUGCCCUUGAUCCAGAUCAUCCCAGAGUGGCCCAGUCACUACAUCAGUUAGCUAGUGUUUAUGUGCAAUGGAAGAAAUAUGGCAAUGCUGAGCAGUUAUAUAAACAAGCACUUGAAAUUUCUGAAAAUGCUUAUGGAUCUGAUCAUCUCAGGGUAGCUCGUGAACUUGAUGCUCUGGCAACUUUAUAUCAGAAGCAGAACAAAUUUGAACAGGCUGAACAUCUUAGGAAGAAAUCCUUCAAGAUUCAGCAAAAAACUGCAAGACAGAAAGGCAGUCUGUAUGGAUUUGCUCUUCUUCGUCAACGAUCUUUGCAGCUGGAAGAGCUGACUUUAGGUAAAGAUACCUCAGAUAAUGCUCGUACACUUAAUGAGCUUGGAGUUCUCUACUAUCUUCAGAAUAAUCUGGAGACAGCAGAACUUUUCUUGAAACGCUCUUUGGAAAUGAGAGAACGGGUUCUUGGAGCCAGUCACCCUGAUUGUGCCCAGUCACUGAACAAUUUAGCAGCUCUCAACAAUGAAAAGAAAAACUAUUACAAAGCAGAGGAAUUGUAUGAGCGAGCUUUAAACAUCAGAAGACGAGCAUUAGCACCUGACCAUCCUUCUUUGGCUUACACUGUGAAACAUCUAGCUGUGCUUUACAAAAAGCUGGGAAAGCUUGAUAGAGCUGUUCCUUUGUAUGAGCUUGCUGUUGAAAUCAGACAAAAAUCCUUCGGUCCAAAACAUCCAAGUGUGGCUACUGCUUUAGUAAAUCUGGCAGUUCUUUAUUGUCAAAUGAAAAAACAUCAGGAAGCAUUGCCUCUGUAUGAACGUGCACUGAAAAUUUAUGAAGACAGCUUUGGGCAUAUGCAUCCUCGUGUAGGGGAAACAUUAAAAAAUUUGGCUGUGCUAAGCUAUGAAGGGGGUGAGUUUGAGAAGGCUGCUGAGCUCUAUAAGAAAGCCAUGGAAAUUAAAGAAGAAGAGAUGCUGGUAAUGGGUGGAAAAGCUACUUCCCAUCACUCAUCAACUGGAGAUACACUCAGCAUUAAAAGUGCUUUUUCUCACAACAUGUAUUUUCAACAUGGACCAAGAUAAUGAAAAGUAGCAUAUUAAUCAUUAGAAGGAAAUAUUUUUGCUGAAAAGAAAUAACGUUUCAUUUUAAAAGAGUGGGAAAAGAUAGGAGAAAAAAAGUUAAAGAUUUGUAUUAGUUUAUGUUUAAACUAACACUGAUUUUGAGCUAAGGUGCACUGUUUUUAAAGAUUUGGCUAAUGUUUCAAAAAAUAUCUGUUAUGCUAUUAAUUUUUCUACCUUUUUUUAGAAACAACUUGAGUUGUUCUGCCCCCCCAUUAAGUAAGUAAAAAUCAUUUACUGGCCAUUUGGAUUUUUGGAUUGCCAUUUUUCUUCAUUGCAGAAAGUAGUUACAAAUGAAACUAGGAAUUAUCAGAACAAUUACAAUCUGCAUAUUAUUGCAGAAGCUUUAAUCUCAAUGAGAUUAUUUUUUUAUUUGUAAAAAUUAAAUGUAUAGUCAAAAUUAAGUAUUUGACUACUUAUACAGAUAAAUAUAGAUAGUCUUUAUGAUGAUAAUUGACCUCAAAAUUUUGCUAAGCAAGGCAAUUUUUAACUAAGUUUUGUGCCAUUUUAGGACUUUUGGGUACAAUUGUUAAGUGAAUUACUGCAAUUAUUAAGUGAAUUAUGUGAUCAUUAAGUGAAUCUGGUUUCUCUCAUUGACAUUGCAUCUCCAGAAAUGGUGUUCACAUGACUCCAGCACAGUGCAACAGUCAUAAAUACAUGCGAGUUGCCAAGUAUCCAAAUUUUGAUCAUGUGACCAGAGGGAUAUUACAACAAUCGUUAAGUGUGAAAAUUAAUCAUAAGUCACUUUUUUCAGUCUCUAAAUGAAUGUUUGUAAGUUGAGGACUACCUGUGGUUGAGAUAUAGAAUAGGAAAACUAGAUCUGAAUAGAAAUAUUUAAAAAUAAUAACACAAAUGUCUAAUUGCUAAAAAUGUAGACUUUGGAGUAGAAACCUUACCUUACCUUAAAUAUGUUUUUGUUUCAUUUGUCCUACAGUUUAGUAUUAUACGGAUAUGCUUACCACUUUCCCUGUAAUUCUUUAUGCUUUUCUAAGGACUGGGAAAUCACUGUUGUUUAUGUUCUUUAACUCUACUUUGGUACCCAAAUAUGGUCUUGGUUUACUGAAAAAAGCUAAUUUCAAAUAUUGGUUUAGGAAAGUGAAGUUUCAAUAAACUAUAAUAAACAUUAUCCACAGUAUAGAA